AUGCCUCCCCACGCCUGCCCUACCGACAAACCCCUGGACCUCAGUCUGUGGGACUACCUGACCAACACAGAGGGACUCCAUGGCAGCCACGAUGAUCCGCGAUUCGAGAUCGCCAGGCACCAGUUCGGCGACGCGGCCAAGAACUUCAAGAUCCAGCACCACAAAGCGCGCAUGCACUAUCAUGAAGCCAAGGGGGAGGGGAUGAUUGAGGAGGAGAUGUCGUUCGAGAGAUGGAGUCAAGUCAAUGUGCCCGCUCUGCAGAUGGCUUUGCGCGAGUUUCAAUACAAAAAGGACCAGCUGGUCAAGGCGGGUCUGAUGAUCUAUGGAUCGGGCUAUCAAGAGCGCAUGGAGCGCGGAGCGCACGAGUCGGCGACGAAAGCGGCAGCGGAGGAUGGAUUCUUUAGCUGA